AUGUUGAGAAUGCAAUUUGGAAAAUUUGCAGGAAUGUUCAUUUUACUCUUACUUGUGGUAGCCUUUUUCUUACUUCUAUGGAAAUGGCUUGAUAUUCGGUCGGUAAAUGAAAUCAAGAAUAUCACUCGUCUUUUGUCUGCCGGUAACCAUCAGCACACCUUAUCAAACGUUUUUCAGGUGGAUGAGAAUUCGAAAAGACAUGGUGGCGAACUUGUCGCUUCAGUUCUAAAGUCUCACGAUGUACAAGAAAUAUUCGUCCUGUGUGGUGGACAUAUAUCGCCCAUUCUUGUUGCAGCUGAGAGCUCGGUAUCAAAAUCAUCGAUACACGCCAUGAGGUACAUAUGGAAAGGUAUAAAGAUCUUAUGUCGUGCAAAGAAGCCGAGUUCAAAUGAAUUACUUAGUUUUCAGGUUACCACUGUAUUCGCUGCUGAUGCCGUAGCUCGUCUACGUCAGUCCAUUGGAGUCGCUGCAGUUACAGCUGGUCCUGGUCUAACUAACACUAUCACUGCCGUGAAGAACGCCCAAAUGGCGGAAAGCCCUUUAUUGCUCCUUGGUGGUGCAGCUCCUACUUUACUCAAAGGUCGUGGAGCGUUGCAGGACAUUGACCAACUCGUUCUUUUCCGUCCUCUUUGUAAAUUUGCUGCUCGCGUUGAACGCCUACGUGAUAUUGUACCAACACUUCGACAAGCUAUAAAGGCUGCCACUUCCGGAUGCCCAGGGCCUGUUUUUGUUGAGUUCCCGGUAGACGUUCUCUAUCCAUACCAACUUGUCGUCAAGGAAAUUGGUUUCAAUCCUAAGCCUAGUGGCUUUAUACAGGUUUCAUAUGCCAAUAUUAUUGUUUGUAAGCAUAAUAACAUUGUGCUUAUAGUGUGGAUGAUAAGUUGUUUGCAGAAAGCCUUGAAUUUUUACCUGAGAUGUCACGUGUCUCGCCAGUUCAGCGCUGCUUGGCAGCCACAAGACAUUACUCCCCUACCGACACAAAUUCCUAUGGCUUCAUUCGAAGAGGUGAACAAGAUUGUGCAGCUAAUAAGGGCAGCGAAAAAACCGGUAAUGUUGAUAGGCAGUCAAGCUAUGCUUCCACCGGUAACUCCUAAGGACUUGGUGAAGGCGGUCGAGAUACUGGGCGUACCUGUGUAUCUCGGUGGAAUGGCGCGUGGUUUGUUAGGAAAGGAAAAUCGACUUCAGAUGCGUCAGAACCGAAGAGAAGCACUACGCGAUGCCGAUCUUACUGUCCUAGCUGGAACAGUGUGUGACUUCCGUCUAUCGUAUGGGCGUGUGCUGUCGAAAAAGUCGAAAAUUGUGUGCAUUAAUAGGAAUCGCAGCCAGCUGACAAAGAAUGAAAAGGCAUUCUGGAACGCUGAUGUCUCUAUUCAAGCUGACGUUGCUUCUGCUCUUGUUCAGAUUGCCGCUCAAGUUGAAAAGCAGACUGGCUAUAAAGUACCGUCUGAUUGGAUAGAUGAGUUGAAAAGUAGAGAAGAUGACAAGGAAGCUAAAAAUGCCGCAAAAGCAAAUGAAGAAUUGUCGCACGGAUUUGUUAAUCCAUUAAACUUCCUCGCCAGACUAGACAGGAAACUUCCUGAUGAUGCUAUUCUGGUGGCAGAUGGAGGUGACUUCGUUGGAUCGGCGGCAUACAUCGUUCGACCGCGCGGUCCGUUACAAUGGCUUGAUCCUGGUGCGUUUGGUACACUCGGAGUAGGUGGCGGAUUCGCGCUCGGAGCUAAAGUGGUCCACCCAAACCGUCCAGUUUAUAUUCUUUGGGGAGAUGGAUCUUCCGGAUACUCCAUUAUGGAAUAUGACACUUUCACUCGUCACAAGCUACCAGUCAUUGGCGUGAUUGGAAAUGAUGCCUGCUGGUCUCAGAUCGCUCGAGAGCAAAUCCCUAUGUUCGAUAGCAGUGUUGCAGUCGAUUUAGCGCGGACCCGUUACGAUGAUGUGGCUACGGCUUUGGGCGGAUGGGGCGUAACGAUUAGUGCCGACAAUGUGUCAUCUACAGAAGAAGUUCUGGACGAAGCACUGCGUGAAAGUAGUCAGGGCCGAAGUGCUCUUCUGAACGUGCUCAUUGGUAAAUCGGACUUCAGGGAGGGUUCAAUUUCAGUGUAA